GGAUGGCUCGGAAAUUUAUUUUGUGUUGUUAAUUCCACAACUUAUUGCCAAUCCCAAAAGACGUGUAGUGCCCGAUUCUGCCCUCAAAACUCCGCGUCAUCUGCGCCCAUUGAAAAUGUGCAUUGUGCGGCGAUAAUAAUCUAGUGGCGAGCGUUCGUGUAUCACGGCUAAAUUUGUUCAGCUGAACAAAACCCCGUCCCGUAUGUGCUGACGUCGAAGUUUCGCAACGCGUUUGUUGUGUGCACGAAGGCCACGCAGUUUAAAGCUUUUGUGUUAGCGUUCUUUUUUGUCGUUUGUGCCCAGGAUUGCCAGCCAAAAAACGCGUGUCGUCAUCUUCCCAAAUGGUUGGCAUUCGACGGCAGCAGCAGCACCAACCACGUAAACUGCCACUGCCCACAACACAUCGAAUGCCGUCGUGCGUCGCGCAGAAGGUUGGAUAGCGCGGAAAGAAUAGGGGAUUAGGUGGACGCACGUCCAACCAGCCUCAUCGUAAAAACAUAGUGUACCGUGCCUUUGCUGUGAUCUUCUCUUCCGUUAUUCCGAAGUGUUAAAGCUAUUUCGUGAAUAGGAAAAUCGUGCACCACCCCUAUGUAGUUAUCAUACUCGCCUUGCUUGCCCUGUUGUUUAGGGGCCCAAGUCUCCAAGUGUUUUGUCUCGAAAGUGAAAUCAGUGAUAAAAUUUAUGCAUGUCGCACCCGACUUAAGCCACAGCGGAAGCGUUGCGAUCUAAAAUAUACGAGCCAUAGCAACAACAGCGUUCUUCCACACGCGUGUUCCCUCACUUAGGUGCGCUGCACAUACCCGGGUAUUCAAUGAAUAGUUCCGCCGUGAUCCUGGGGCAAACGGCUGACCCAGGAACGGGCCUGACCGGGGAGGGUAAUACCGAAUGGCAGACGUUACACUGCAGCAAAGAUGCGCUGACGGAUUUGUUCGGCUGGUUCCUGCAGGGCAUACUGGCCACUCUCGCCUUUACCUGCCUUAUCGCAAAACGUUUCUGCGAACCUCAGUACAAUCGACGCUCAUGGGAGACCUGGUGGUACGACACAUCCAAGCAGGGUAUCGGUGCCUUGGUGAUCCAUAUGGCCAACGUUUACUUGGCCCCAUUAUUUCAAGGAGAUCCCUGUACCUGGUACAUUAUUAACUUCCUGUUAGACUCCACGAUCGGGUUGUUCAUUAUUUACAUCGGCAUUAAAACCUGUCAGUAUUUGGCGCGGAAAAAGAAAUGGGAUGCCAUCAAUUUCGGGGAAUAUGGUGCCCCAAAAUCUUGGUUUUAUCAAACGUGUAUCUACGUGUGCCUGAUGGUGGUCGUUAAGCUCAUAACGACCCUAAUCAUUCAGUUCGACGUUUGGGACAACGUAAAAAACUUUGUUUUAUCACCGUUCAAAGAUCCACGGAUAGAGCUGGCCGUCGUGAUGCUUGUCAUACCGUUCUUUGUCAAUAUUCUUAUCUUUUGGGUAACAGAUAACUUCCUGAUGAGACACACGCGCAAAAAGCGCAACACAGCGGCCAGCAGCUCCCAUCACGCUCAUGGUCGCGAGCACAGUUUGCUGCAAAAAGUAAAAUACAAAAUGAUACACAAAACCAAACCAAAUGACUCAGAAUCUGAUACUCUUUUAUCAGGCGAUGAAGAAAUUUUAAGCUUCAGUCCGCCCAACGGAGGUGGCGGUAGUGGUGGUGGUGGUGGACAUGGUAUUGCCAGUAACCGGUCGGUAAUGGGACGCCACUAUCACCACACGCACCCGACUCCUUUCCACCAUCAUCAACAUCAUCACGCAUAUCUGCAGACGACGUCGAUCGCGGACGGAUCGUCCACGAUGCAGCCCACGAUGGGUGGCGGAAGUGGUGGAGGAUCUUCCUCCCUGCUAACCCCACUCGAUAUGGACACGGCAAUUAUACUGACCUCCACGCGGACAUCACCCGGUCCCACCAACCGGCAAAGCACAGUACAGCAGCGCACCAGUGUCAUUAACAUUUAAGAAUGUAACCCCUAUAUCCACAUAUCGUUCCGUGUACUAAUACAAAGGUAGCAAUAUGUUUUCAACGAACCGUAGAAUAUGGUAAAAGGACAAUUGGUCACAAUGAACACUGUUCCAUAAAAACCUUUUCAAUCACGUCAUUACUAGGAAGAUUGCCACAUUAGGACCAUCUUUCCGUGUUCCAACAUAACGUACCUUGAAGCAACGCAUUCAAACUAGAAAGUCUGAACAAUUAACAUAAAUGAAAUCCCCAACUGAAGGCAUCCCAAAGAAGCCAGCAGAUCAGCAGUGGUUUAAUGUUACUGAAUCAAGAAGGUGCAAUGGAAAUGAUUUGAGAUUUGUGCGAACGGUGUUUGGUGCAGUUCGGAACUGUCGCUACGUUCGGCUGUUGUUGAUUGUUGUUUACCGAUUGAUAGGACAGAUGAGGAUCCUGCAGAUAGCAGAUGCUUUGUUGAUCCAGCCAGAAAUGCACGCAUAUCCAGGCUGAGCGUGGAGAAAAUUGUGAUAAAGAGUGUGAGGAACACAAGUUUCGCAAACUCGUCCAACCGCCUUUGCAGCAAACGGAACUGGGGGUUUUAAAGGAACUGCCAGUGAACCUGUGCCAGCAGUGUGUGAUGUGCGCGUUGAGAAGGUUUCGUAGAAGCGUAAAACGAUUUGCUCACAUGAUAUUCGGUGGAGGAGAAAUCUGUACUAUAGCCUAAGUCACUGUGCUGAUAACGAAGUGUCCAGAGGGAUAGAGAGAAUCAGUUUAAAUGCUUCCAUUUCGAAAGAAGAUAAAAAAAAGCAACGUAAACCUCCGACGAGAACUGAAAAAAGACAUGAAACGUAUUGUAGUGAGUUGAUGCAGACGAUAAAAUGUUGUGAUGACUACACAAUUGGUAAUGAAUGAAACAAGAAAGAGGCACGCAAUGAAAGAAGCUAGCGAUGGAACAGAAAGCGAUAAAAUGCAGAAAAAAAAUUCGUCUACGUCUUUUAAAGAUUUAAGUACGCCACAAUGAGAAGUAGCGAGCAAUAGGAGCAGAAAAUGAAGGAAACGAAAUAUGGCCAGAAGGUCGAGAAGAACUUACUGUUAGAACUGAGAGGCAGCAGCAGUGCAGUUGCGUUUUAUCUUAGCUGUCCCUGCUGGUCAUUAAAAUAUAUAUAUAUACAUAUAUACAUAUACACACACGCGCGCGCUACUAUUAAUGUUCUAUUUUAUACAUAAUUAUACAACGAGUAGCAAUUAAGGUGAAAGUGGGCGAAAACUAUAGGCGCUACAAAUUAUGUAUACAAUCAGGAAUCGAAACAAAAAAAUGGCAACGAAUUGGAACGGAAAGGCAUAAUGUUUCGCGUGUGUAUUCUCUUCUCAACCACGAGAUGACACGUCUUCUACCCGCAGUGGAUGGAGUGGAUGGAAAAUAAAGGAAGCUAGUGAAUUU